UGAAACACACAAAUCGCAAAGAAAAUUCACAUCAAUGGCGGCGACAGAGGAAGAUAUGACGACGACGAAGGAAGGCGCUGACCUAUUGGGGAAGCCAAAGUAUAAGAAACUCGAGAACGGGAGAUUCAAAUGCGUGCAGACGGGUCACGAGCUACUCGAGAAAGAUAAGAAGAUCUAUUCACAGAGUAAACGAUGCCGUUUGGGGCUUAUAGAUUAUGCCUUGUCACACAGCAAGCCUCCUCUUAACUUGUUUGAGCAAGAUCCUAACGCUAGCUCAAAACUGAAAUGUAAGCUAACGGGCGAUACAGUAAACAAGACUGAGGAACAUAUUUGGAAGCAUAUCAAUGGACGGCGCUUCCUCAACAGAUUAGAGGAGAAGGAACGGGAGAAAGAGGCUGGAUCUAUUCCAGGGGAAGGUGGAGAAACGCCAGCGAAAGAAAAUGGCGUAAAGGAAGAAGAGAAGAAAAAGAAGAAGAAGAAGAAUAAGAAGAAGGACAAGAAGAAAAACAAAAAGUUAGAUGAAAAGGAAAAGAAUGAAGAAGGUGUUGAUGAUGAAAUCGAACAUGAAAAUGGUGAAGAAGUUGAGGAGGAGCUUGAGUUUUGGAUGCCUCCAGAUGGAGAGAGGUGGGACUUUGAUGAUGGAGGAGACCGAUGGGGAUCAGAUUCAGACUCUGAAGAGGAAAAGAAUGGGGAAGAAGACCCAAUAGGUGAAUUAGAUGAAGAUGGAGAGCUUAGUAUGGAAGAGUGCGUAUUGAUAGGUGAAGUUGAUGAAGAUGGCAAGACUGUUUUGGAUGAGACUCCUGCAAGCAGCAACAAGAGGAAACCUGAAGAACUCAGUUCCAGUGACCUUCCUUCGAAGAAGAAAAACAAGAACAAGAACAAGAAAAAGAAGAAGCAUGUCGUGGAAACAACAUCGUCAUCAUAAGUCUGAUUUGAUCUCUCUCCCUUUUUGUUCAUCCUGUUCUGUAAUUCAAUCUGUACUUGCUCUAUUUCAAUUAAUGGGCUCAGUUUUGAUGAUACUUAAUAGUGAUAAUGGGUUAGUGAUUCUUUUCUAUAUAA